CCAUUGCCUAUCGCAACACAGAAUGAACUAGUGGGAACAGAAACACUAUGGCUGCCAGUCUCUCCCUGACUCAGCUUUCAAGUGGGAAUCCUGUCUAUGAGAAAUACUAUCAACAGGUAGAUCCAUCCGGCAGUGGCCGUGUAGCAGCUGGCGAUGCAGCUUUAUUUUUAAAGAAAUCUAGCCUUGCAGAUCUGGUCCUUGGCAAGAUAUGGGACUUGGCAGAUUCAGAGCGCAAAGGCUCACUGAACAAGCAGCAAUUUUUUGUAGCUCUCCAUCUGGUAGCGUGUGCUCAGAAUGGACUUGAUGUGUCUACUAAAAGUCUGAAUGCUUCUGUCCCUCCCCCAAAGUUUCAUGACACUAGCAGUCCUCUUCAGUUUGGCCCCGUUCCAACAGACACACCAUGGAUAGUCAAGCCAGAGGAGAAGCUGAAAUUCGAUGCCAUCUUCGAAAGCCUCUCUCCAGUGGGCGGCAUGCUUACGGGCGAUAGGGUCAAACCAGUGCUUCUCAAUUCUAAACUCCCAGUGGAUGUUCUUGGCAGGGUUUGGGAGCUCAGUGACAUCGACAGAGAUGGAAUGCUGGACAAAGAUGAGUUUGCUGUGGCCAUGUAUUUGGUAUACAGAGCCCUGGAGUCUGAGUCAGUUCCCAUGUCUUUGCCUGCUGGUCUGAUUCCACCUUCAAAAAGGAAAAAAGUUGUCCCGCCCCCUGUAAUUCCCCUCCUCACAUCACCUUCACUGCAUAAAGAGAGAGGCUCCACCCACUCUGGAUCUAAAACACUGCCAGCUAAACCUAACCCACCACAGUGGGUGGUAUCUCCUACAGAUAAAGCCAAAUACGACGAGUUAUUCAUUAAGACAGACAUUGACAUGGAUGGCUUGGUAUCAGGUGCUGAGGUCCGAGAUAUAUUUCUCAAGACGGGUUUGCCAUCUGCCACCCUGGCACGCAUUUGGGAGCUUUGUGAUAUAGGCGACGUCGGGAAGCUGACCAGAGAGCAGUUUGCACUGGCUCUACAUCUAAUCAAUCAGAAGCUCUCAAUGGGAAUAGAACCGCCCCAGGCUCUAUCUCCAGAAAUGAUCCCUCCUUCUGAUAGGCUAGCACGACAGAACAAUGCCUUAUCACUUCAGGCCGCAGAUUUCUCUGCUAUUAAGGAGUUGGACUCACUCAGUAAUGAGAUCAUGGACUUACAGAGGGAGAAGGGUGCAGUGGAACAGGAAAUCAAAGAGACAGAGGAAACCAUCCGACAGAGGACCAGCGAAGUCCAGGACCUGCAGGAGGAGGUCCAGAAGGGGUCAGAGGAGCUGGGCCAUCUUCAGGCGGAGCGACAGGAGGUGCAGGAGAAGUUGGAGAGGAUAGAUGAGCAGAAACGUUCCCUAGAGGAGCAGCUCAGACUCAUACAGCAGCAAUGCAGCCAGGAGAGUCAACUGAUCCAGUCAUUGCAGGCAGAGCACUCAGAGCAGGAGCAGAGAAUCGGUGACUUUGAGGAGGAGUUGAGCAGGGCCCGGGAAGAGUUGCUUUGUCUGCAGGACGAGACGAGCCGACUGGGAGAGAAAGUCCAAUCUGCCCGUGCUCAACUCUGCCCCCUAGAGGACGCUGUGAAAGAAUCUUGCACACAGAUUUCUCAGGAACAGGAGCGUUUGGCGGAACUCAAAACAGAGGAGAGAGAAGUGACUGCACGGCUCACCUGGAAAGUUCUGGAGGAGCCAGUGCUUGUCAAUGGAACAGCACCCUCCUGUGAGCACACUGAGCAACCACAGCUGCCAGAGAAACACAGAGAGCACAAAUUCCAGGAUGAGGAGGAACAAACGUCCACAGACGAGCCGCUGGAGCUCAGAGUCACUGAGGAGGUACCCUCAUCAGAAGCGGAGGAAACAUCCACCAGCAUAGAGGAGCAGGAACCUAAUGCUGAUAUUUUUUCUGUUGACCUUUACACAAGUACACUCUCCACUGCCAAUUCUACUGCUAUAGCCUGGCCUCAGGGCAACAUGGAAAGCACAACAAGCCCAGUUAACACAGAGCCAGAGGAAGAGAAGGAAAAGGCAGAGGAUCAGGCUGCCACCAGCACACCAAAGGCAGAGUCUGUGGAGCUAGAGAAGGAAGCUGCCCAGCCAGCUCUAAAACCGCCCACCAAACCGACCGCUGUUCCUGGCCUUGACUUUUUCCAGUCCGACCCCUUCACUGAAAGUGACCCAUUUACUGAUGACCCUUUCUUAAAAGUUGACGUUUCUGAUCCUUUUGGUGGCGACCCCUUCAAAGGCUCUGAUCCUUUUGCGGCUGACAACUUCUUCAAACAGCAUUCCGUCGGUUUCCCUUCAGGAGACCCUUUCAUCUCCUCUGACCCAUUCAACACCACCACAGACCCCAAAGAGCCAGAUCUAUUCACAUCCAGGACCAGCAAUGCAGUUGUACCAGACCCAUUUUCUUCUAGCAAUAGUAACAUCCAAGAAACAGAUCCGUUUGGAUCCAAAAUGGACACCCUGGCAGACUCCCAUCCCUUUGGUUUGGCUGGCACAGGGCACGACCCGUUUGAAGGAUCAGAGAUACCUGCAAGAGAUGGGCCAGUAGCAGCCAAUGAUCCUUUUGCCCCAGGAGGAACAACAGUGGUCGCUAACUCAGACCCUGAUCCAUUUGCCGCAGUUUUUGGCAAAGAGACUUUCAUUGGAGGUUUCGCAGACUUCAGCAGCUUAGCCAAGUCUAAUGGUGCUGAUCCAUUCGACUCGAGUACAAACAAGAAUUUAUUUAAUGAGGACACUCAGUCAGAUGUGCCCCCAGCUUUACCGCCCAAAACCGGAACACCCACCAGACCUCCCCCUCCACCUCCAGGUAAGCGGUCCAACAUCCAUAGAUCGGAGUCGUCAGAGUCAUUUCAGAGGUGUGGUCUUUUCAAGGCCCCGGGUUCUGGAGAGUUCUCUUCCCUCCCCGCUAAAGACUCUGUGCCAGACCCCUUCGCCCCUUCCUCACCCCACCAAGCCCCGCGUGACCCCACCCGAUUCGCCAGCUUUGACAAAUACCCCACAGAGGAGGACAUGAUAGAAUGGGCGAAGCGGGAGAGUGAGAGAGAGGAGAGGGAGCGCAUGGCUCGUCUGACCCAGCAAGAGCAGGAGGAUCUGGAGCUGGCGAUUGCCCUCAGCAAGUCUGAGCUGUCCUGACCCACACUGGACACAGCACCAGCACCACCACUCAAGUCACACUAACAGGAAGGGGGAGGAAACGAGGAAGAGCUGUAACCACCUUUAUCAGCAGAAUUCUUGGUACCACCUCCAUCUCCAGCCACUUAAUAAUCUUCUAGGACUCCAGCUCUCUCUGUUUCUCCACGGAGUUCUCCUGGAACCAGCUGGAAAAUGUAUGAAGGCCAAGUGAGGAUGGAGGAAAAGGUAACAGACUAAUUGCAGCCUUGUUGGCUUGAAACCUCAAAUCGAGAGACUUCCAGUAAUCUCCCGCUUGCAAUUUGGACAGCUCAAAAUCCAUUCGACUGUGACCCAUUAAUAGCGCAUGAAAAGAAAAAACUACUUGAACAAAUCUACCCCACACUCCCCCAUUUUAAUACUAUUGUAAGGUUACCAAUGCAAUGAAUGUAAAUCUGUGAAGUGGAGUUGGGGUUGAAGAAAUCCAUAACAAGCCUUAGGUUCAGUAUCAUUUUCUUUUUGGGUAAUAAUAACACAUUUGGGCAAAGUUUACAAGCAACCAAUCUGGGCAGCUUCAUCCACUUUUCAAAGUUUCACAGAUUGAUCCUUUGACACCAGAGGUUUAUUGUGGGCAUGUCAGUUCAGUCUCAGGAACAUAUCUCACAAGCCUUAUAACCUGCAACCUGUUCAGUGGAGGUGCUUGCUUCUUAAUUCCAUUGAAGCAGAUACUGGAAUGAAAUUUUGACCCUACAAAAAAGUUCAGAACAACACAACCCUCAUUUAACUUCAUGUGUAAUCUUUAUAAUCUUACAGUGCAGCAUUUAUACUUUAUUUAGACCUUUUCAAGAAUGCCAAACAUCUUGACAAAGUACUAAAAGAGCAUUAAAAAUGUAUGAAGAGCUGUUAUAAAUAAUACAAAUGUACAUAUUUGUGAAUUGUUUGCCAGUAACCUUGUGCUACAGUGUAUUCAUAUACUAAAUCAUAUUCUAUUUUAUAAAAACAAAAAUGUCAUAGUAAAAUACAGAAUAGUAGCAGUUUGCUUUAUAUUUGUAACAGAAAAACAAAAUACUCCCUUUAUCCUUCUCCAGUUGUCAAGUGCCCAAGCAAUAGGAUGAGAGAUGAUUUAAAAUCCUGGAACAAAAAUGGAGCAGACCUUGUAUCUGAUUACAGAAAGCAUUAUGAGUAAAUUUGAGUAUAUAACAUUGAGCCAUGUGUAAUUGGGUUUUAAUGUCUUUUAUAGUGCCUACUAGUUCUAUCUUGCCUUGGAUAUUGCAAAGAGUAACUAAAUCAGCUUACAGUGAGUCCAAGAUUAUCAAUCAACCUGAUGUUGCUUAUAGUUUCAUAACAUUACACUUGACAGCAGCACCUUGCAUGCUCACUUUGCUAGAUGUUUUGUCAAUUAGAAAACAAAAACCACUAGCUUGUGCUGCUUGCCUUUUUUAUUCUUCCGUUAUUUCUUACGAGCCACAUUUCAAAAGACAUUUUAAAAUAAUGUCCUGGGGAUCAAUAAUGCGAGCGUGUCACAUUUUCAUAUGUACACAAAUUGGUUUAAGCUUUGCGGACACUGACUUUCAAAUUUGAAUUACUGAUCUAUUUAAUUAGCAGUGAAUUUGCAACAUGUCUUAACCAUUUCAGUUGUGUUCUGUAUGUAGUUUCACCAGUAGAUGGAUCCACCGAGACAGUAUAUGCAUUAAGCCUAAUAGACAAGAACCUGCUUUCUACAUUCGGUCUCGUAUGCAGUGUCUUCACUCUGAAGUCUUCAGUAACUUAAAGGGUGAUGUCUGUUCACUGUUUGACAAUAGAUUUGCUUUGUGAAAGUGUUCUUUCAGGCAGACUUUAUUUAUGAAGAAUUUGCCUGCAAGAUGGUAGAAAGGGACAAGACAGAAUGUGCUAUUUUUAAAUGCUUUGAUAAAUUUUCAGGAUUGACCUUUUGACAUUAAUAUUUGCUUUUUGGUUCAGGACACUAGCUUGGCAUUGGGCACAUAAAUAUGUGGGUAGACGUGGAAAUAAAGCACUAAACAUAGAAGGGAAUAGCCAACAUCUCCAGGGUCUAAUAUGACUUAUGUCUGCCCAAUGCAACAUUUACAUGAGAAUUAUAGCGAUUUGGAUUGUUAUUGUCAAUGUAGACAGACAAACCUAUUCGCACACUCCCCAUUUCAAACUCAAGGCUCGAUAUUUUGUUUAUGGCUGCUGCUUCCCUGUUAUUUGACUUGCUUAUUGUUAAAGUGUUCUCUUAUGCUCUGUCUAUUGUUGAUCUCAUAUGUAUUAAUGUAUAUGCUUUGUGUGCCUCUAAAAGAAAACCACUUAUAUAUGUUGGCCACUGACUGCCUUUUAAGAACAGGCACAUUUUAUUUUUUAACUUCACUUAAAUGGAGGCAAUUGUUUAAAUAUGUUAAGUAACAUGUAAUUAAAAUGAACAAAAUAUUAAACUAUUAAAAAUGUAUAGU